CGCUGCAGACGCGCGCAGGUGCGUGAGGCCGCGCCUGCCCAGGACCUUGCAGACGCGGGCCCACCAUGGAGCACAUCCGCACGCCCAAGGUCGAAAAUGUCCGCUUGGUAGAUCGAAUAUCUUCUAAAAAAGCAGCCCUGGGAACUUUGUAUUUGACGGCUACUCACGUCAUAUUUGUGGAAAAUGCACCUGACACAAGAAAAGAAACAUGGAUUCUUCACAGUCAGAUUUCCACCAUUGAAAAACAGGCCACAACUGCUACUGGAUGUCCUCUGCUUAUUCGCUGCAAGAACUUCCAGCUGUUACAACUCAUCAUCCCGCAGGAGCGAGACUGCCACGAUGUGUACAUCUCUCUGAUACGCCUUGCAAGGCCAGUGAAAUAUGAGGAGUUAUACUGCUUUUCAUUCAACCCCAAGCUGGACAAAGAAGAAAGAGAACAGGGCUGGAUGCUGAUCGAUCUCGGUGAAGAGUACAAGCGAAUGGGCCUCCCUAGUAAUUACUGGCAGCUCAGCGAUGUGAACAGAGACUACAGAGUUUGUGAUUCUUACCCUACUGAACUGUAUGUUCCCAAAUCGGCCACGGCACACAUCAUUGUGGGGAGUUCCAAAUUCCGGAGCAGACGGCGAUUUCCUGCCCUUUCUUACUACUAUAAAGAUAACCACGCCUCCAUCUGCCGGAGCAGCCAGCCCCUGUCCGGCUUCAGUGCCCGGUGCCUCGAGGACGAGCAGAUGCUCCAGGCCAUCAGGAAAGCCAAUCCGGGGAGCGACUUCAUUUACGUUGUGGACACGCGGCCCAAACUCAAUGCAAUGGCAAAUCGUGCUGCAGGGAAAGGCUAUGAGAACGAAGACAACUACUCCAAUAUCAAGUUUCAGUUUAUCGGGAUAGAAAACAUCCAUGUUAUGAGGAGCAGUCUGCAGAAAAUGCUGGAAGUGUGUGAACUGAAAUCUCCGUCCAUGAGUGACUUUCUGUGGGGACUGGAGAACUCGGGCUGGUUGAGGCACAUUAAGGCCAUCAUGGAUGCAGGGAUCUUCAUUGCAAAGGCAGUUUCAGAGGAAGGGGCCAGCGUGCUUGUUCACUGUUCCGAUGGCUGGGACAGGACUGCCCAAGUGUGCUCAGUGGCCAGCCUCCUGCUAGAUCCGCAUUACCGGACCCUGAAGGGCUUUAUGGUAUUAAUUGAAAAGGACUGGAUUUCCUUUGGUCAUAAGUUUAAUCACAGAUACGGCAACCUAGAUGGCGACCCAAAAGAAAUCUCUCCAGUCAUUGAUCAGUUCAUUGAGUGUGUCUGGCAGUUAAUGGAACAAUUUCCCUGUGCCUUUGAGUUCAAUGAAAGAUUUUUGAUUCACAUUCAACAUCACAUUUAUUCCUGCCAGUUUGGAAACUUCUUAUGUAAUAGUCAAAAGGAGCGACAAGAACUCAAAAUUCAAGAAAGAACCUACUCUCUGUGGGCUCACCUGUGGAAGAAUCGCGCCGACUACCUGAAUCCUCUAUUUAGAGCUGAUCAGAGUCAGACCCGCGGAACGCUUCGUCUCCCCACAACACCAUGCAACUUCAUGUACAAGUUCUGGAAUGGGAUGUACAACCGCUUUGAAAAGGGACUCCAGCCCCGACAGUCCGUUACGGAUUACCUUAUGGCGGUGAAGGAGGAGACCCAGCAGCUGGAGGAAGAACUAGAGGCGCUAGAAGAAAGGCUGGAAAAAAUUCAGAAAGUCCAGUUAAAUCACACUAAAGUGAAGAGUAAACAGAGUGAACCCAGCAAACACUCAGGGUUUUCUACCUCAGACAACAGCACAGCCAACACUCCCCAGGAUUACAGUGGAAAUAUGAAAUCCUUUCCAUCCAGGAGUCCUUCACAAGGUGAUGAAGAUUCUGCUCUCAUUCUAACCCAAGACAAUUUGAAAAGCUCAGAUCCAGAUCUGUCAGCCAACAGUGAUCAGGAGUCUGGGGUAGAGGAUCUGAGCUGCCGGUCUCCAAGUGGUGGGGAGUGUGCACCAAGUGAAGACAGUGGAAAGGACCGUGACUCUGACGAAGCUGUGUUUCUCACUGCCUGAAGUUUCCCUGUGAAGAUCCAAAAAAAAGGACACACAAGAAACACUUUCCAAAAAUAAGGGAGCAGUGCAAUUUAAAAUAAAAAAUAAUUCAAGAAAUGGUACAUGUCAUUGAGAAUUAUAAAAUGUAGCAACAAAAAGGGAAAAAAGUCCAGCUCUUAUUAGUUUCUUUAGAUGUUGAAGAACAAGAUGUAGCCAUUUCUUUUAUCAAACACAUAUAAAGGAAAAAUUCCCCAUUUAAAAAGUUGUUCUAGACUCAGAAAGUUCUAUUCACUACCUGAGUCAUCGGUAAAAAUCCUUGUCACAGCAUGCAUCUGCUCAAAGUGCCCGGAGUUCCUUCUACCCUCACACCUGUUACCCUUAGUCUUUCCCCAUAUUUCACUUCCAUAUAUAUAUUUUGUUUUCUAAAACAUCUGACAUUGCCUUCCACCCCGUCUCUGUUAUCAGUAUUUGAAGUAACAGAGCACACUGUGGAAAUGUACCCCUUUUGAUUGGCAGAUGUGUCUCUGUAACUGAGAAGCUUUGUAAUUGCUUGAGCUUAUCUUUCAGGUUUAAUGAUCACUUUAACUUUUCCUUAAAU